GAGCGGCGCCCCGGGGCGCGCGGGCACGGCGCCGUCGGGAGCGCGCGCGGUACGCGCAGGUGUGCCGGCCCCGGGCCGCGACGGUACGAGCCGGGCGUGUUGUCUGCCCGGAGUAACGGGGCUCGGUCAGCGCGUUUGUGUCCCGCGGUGAUGGCAAUUGCGCAGCGGCGCUGUUUAACCUGCCGGGUCUCCUCUCACCUGCUGGAGGCUUUGUAAGCACACGGCGUGCGCCACGGGCUACGGCUGCUUCCUGGGUGAGAGCGGCCCCGGCACGGCGGUGAUGUAGCCCGGAACGCUGCGUACGGUGCGUUUCGCAGCCUCCCCACAAACCCCCGUUGUUCCAUUUCCCAGGCAGGCGUGCGAAUGCGGCUCUGGCUCAAAGUUGUGAUGGUUUGCGAGUAUCUAACUAGGAAUCCGGGUUGCUUUUUUUUUUUUUUUCCCCUCUUGAAAUUCAAUCAAAAUUUAUAGUAAGACAAAAUUGUACUGAGUUCUGUGCGUCUGGGGGGAUGCGAUGAAUUGAGUUCUGUGUGCUGUGCAAAUAAAGUAUUUUGGUGUGCCCUCCCCACCCCCCAGCUGCAGGAGGCACCACCUGCAGUAUUUACGUGUCUGUGCUUUUAAAGGCUGCUUCUGGUUGAAGGGAGUGAUGUGGGAUCAGGAAGUGGAGAAUGGGAAAUAUAGGUUACUCCUCCUAGGUGAUGCUUUCCUUUAUGUAUGCUCCUGUUCGUGGGUUCAUCCUACCGAAGCACAUUGAUCCAGUGCGUUGCUUCAUACCGGAUUUAGCUUUUUGUUCUGAAUUGGUGUGGCUGUAAAAGAAAACAAGUCCAAAUAUCAUUUUUUGGUGCGUUGUUUUGCUGUAUCUGUAUACACAUACACACCGUACGUCCGGGUGCGUGGUGAAAUUGAAUCUUUUGUUUGGCUGUUUUUCUGAGAAUUGAGAUGUUAAAUAAUAAUUCCUUGUCCUUAACCAGCACUUGCUACCUUUUGUUUUGGUGGUUGUUUUUGUUCCACGACGUGACCUAGAGAAGAGAUCCGAACUGCAGCAUUUCCUGUCUGUUUGGAUCAUUACAUCUUCACGCUGUCCUGAUUUAUUAGGCUGUUUUGUGACAUCCUUUCUGGAUUUUCCCCUCUCUCCAUGAACGUGCUGUUUGGAGGCGAGCCUCAGGAGCAUGUUUACGUUGCACGUUGCAUUCAGAUUAGGUAUCAUGUCCAAGCUGAAGACAAAAUGGCUACUUAGCAAAACCUCCCCUUGUAUUCUGGGUUUUCUUUUCAAGAAAGAAGAGAGCAUACGUUAGCGUUUUAAAUGCAGAUUGUUUCUUGGGUUCAGGUACGCUCAAUGAAUAGCCUGCCUGCCUUGGGCACAAAGGAAUGCAGAGCACUGCCUGCGUGAGGGUCUCGCUGGGUGCCCGGUGCCAGCAGGCUGUGCCAGCACCUUGCAGCCCCGUCUCCUGGGUGCUUCGCCGACGUUCCCCGCGGGAGGGUGACCUUUCCUCCCUGGCUACCUGGCAGCCCUGCGCUGUGCUGGCACUUCUCUGCCUCUUCCAGACAGUGUCAGCUCCGUGUGGGUUGUGUGCAGAAAUGCAGUUUUUAAGAUCAGGUCAUUUCUGUAAUAAAACCUUUCUUUUUUUUUUUUUCUAAAUGUUUUCCCAUCCUUCGUGAGUUCUAGGAUUUCUGUGCGUUUCCCUGCUUUUGUAUUACUGUCAAACAGCCUCGAUUUGGAGCUCGAGUCCCAUGUGAAUUCACGCCUCAGUGUGGCUGCAGUUGUUUUGAGCAGUGCCAGGGCAUCGUGCACACUGCGCUCAGAGCAGAAAGCCGCCCUUCCUGCACUGCAGUCUGGAGUCUGUUGUCCUGGUCAGAAGCUGCCGUGUGCUGAUGAGGAGCAAGCAGUGCACGAGUGUGGGAGGCUUGUGAAAAUGGCAGUGCUCUGUUGCUAACAUAGCUGGGUGCAAUGUGCAGAAGAGAGCUUCCUCUUUUCUGCUUUCCCUCCUCUUCCUCCUCUCUCCCUGCCCUGCCAGCUGCGUGUGCUGGCCAGUUGGCAUGUCCGAGUCCUCGUUUCCUUCCUUAAGGAUUUAGCACACCUAGAUAAGCACCCUUCUGUAUUGUUUUGCUUUUUUUUUUUUUGCCUCUUUUCUCCUCCACACUUGUGUGCAGUGGAUGGAUAUUUUUAGUUGUUUUCGUUUGUUUUUAAUUUCUUUUUUGAAAAGAUUUUAGUGUUCAGAAAGUGUUGAGGAGGAAAAUAGCAUAGCAGAAUAUAGCAGCUACUGAAGUGCUGGACUUGAAGAUCGCAAACAAGUCUGUGCUUGUCCUUCCACCACACAGACAAAUAUAAAUAUAGUAUGUGAUGUGGGCCUCAAGGGGGACAAUGAGCUGUUCAGCAUUUCAACUCAUACUUAAUUUAUUCUGUUUAUUAAAUUAAAAUGUAGUUUGACAAAAGUAGCUCGAGUAAUUGUGAACGUGCAGAGUCCCUUAAAAUCAAACAAUAGGUUAAGUCCUUCUGGUUGGAAUGAAAGGCACAGUCAGCAUAUGUACUGAAGACUUGACAGUGUGCUUGCUAGGAGUCCAGUCUGGGUUCUGCUUUGUUUUUGUUACUAUAUUAAGUGACCCGUAGUGCGGUUUGGGGAGGGGGAGAGAAAGGUUUUCUUAGCUGUGCUUAAAAACAGACGGGAAAGCAUUUCUCCACAUUACAACACCACAUAGGUACAGCAGGCCAGGUAGGGCAGGUAGCUGCGGCCAAUUAAUUCCUGCAGCCAAACCGAAAUGAAGUUCAGUGCUGUCUGGCUGUGCUUUUCCAGCUGCCCCACGCAAGCACAUCCAACAAAGUCAUGUCUGAUUUUGUUUCGCAUUAUGUGUGUGACUUGUUCAGACAGUCAGACGUGUUCUUACGGUGUCGAUGGGAAGGACAGAAAUAAUAUUAGAUGUCUUUUCCCAUUGACGGAUUAGGAGUCUAGACAGAAGAAUACGUCCUUGCGGAGCCCAGACGGCUGAUUAAUGUCAGUUGGGGCAGGUUGGUGAAUUGCCCUCGUCUUUGCUGAACGCUGGGCCCUAAUCUGCCUCGUUUGUUCCCCUUUAGAUUCAUUAAAGCGUUUAUAUUUAUUAAUAGCUUUAUGUCCAGACGUUGGAGCCUGAGGCGGGAAACCUCCCCAGUCAGCUGCCUGAGCAUAUAGGCUAAUGGGGCUUCAGUUGUUUUCUUGGGUGAGGGGACCAUAUUUACAAAUGUGAUGUUUGUUUGAUGGUAUUUCUGUACCCAGACGUAUGCUGGCAAAGGCUGAACGUGAAGUUAGCAAAGAAUAUCUGUAGCCAAAGGCAGCUAGUAGCGUAUGUAUGCAACAGAGCGUGGCACAGGGACUGAGGUAUGGAGAUCACUGGGGAAGAGAAGUGUUGGCUGAGGUUCUCUGCUCACUGCAUUAAUUUGAAGUCCAGUCUGUAGCUACACAUGUUGGAGAAAUGGAGGGGUUUGUUUUCUUCUUCACUGUGGUGAAUAAGUGGUGAUGGUUCUUAAAUGAGAACUUGUUUACUGUUGUGAAUUGUAAUCUGGUACUUGCAUCUGUGCAUGGGUUGGCCGCAGCUUCUUUCACCUAGCCUGCAUCUCAGCUCUUUUUGUCCCAUAGACAUCUGUUGUGAUUGGAGCGUAGUAAUUCUGCCUGAGAUUAAUUUCUCUCCCCCUCCCCCCAAUAUCUCAUCUGUAAGCUGUGCUGACGGCUGGGCAGCGCAGGAUCGCAAACACAAAGCAUUGCUUUUGCAGUCCUUUGAACUGGACGUGGGUGUAGGCUUCAGAUUUAUAACUUGUGUCCUCAAAUCACUUUUCUAGCUAAAAGUUACACUGUAAAAGCCUCAUGAGCUGGGCCACAUAGUGCCAAAUUUCCGUGUGUUCUGGGCCCGGUUCGUCUCACACUGACAUAGGACUGGGAGGUGAACUGUGCUCUUGUGAGCUCUGGGCUUUUUGCAUUGCACUAGAAGACCAGAUUAGCUGGUUGCAAUACCAUAUCUUCUAGUGUUUGGAAAGCUCCAUUCUUUGUCAUGACUUGCAUCAUUCGGGCUAUUGCAGGUGCAUCUCUCACUCCUCGUUAGUUGUUGUUGCCAAGGGUAGGUUGUCACUUAGACUAUUGGCAGAGGAAAUAGAGGAAAUACUCCACAAUUUAGGAAAUACUAUUGAGAUUUUUCAUAAUAGGAAUUGCUGCUUACUUAUGUGGUUAGAUGAGUAGAAAAGCAUGAUUGACAGUCUUAAUGUUUUUACAACGCAAUUGACAAUGAGGAGGGAGGCUGAAGGGUAUGUGUGCCAAGCUCUUAGCAAAUGCAGGUGCAAACACCUUUUCAGUAGCUUUAUUCUGCAGUUGAAAUUCCUCUAACACCCAGUAAGUACUUUUUUAGAAGGUGAUGUAUUUGAGUCAGGUUGGAUUCAUCAGUAGGCCAAUCCAGCUGCAUUUACUCUUGCGAUUUUCUGUAGCUCGAGACAGGAGGGCAGGAAAUAACAGCAAAAUCUAAAAAUAAAAAGCCUCUAUUUUUUGUUAAUCUGUCUGCUGAAAUCGAGUGGAGAAUUUCAGUUUCCAUUGCUGAUUCCAGGCUCUUUCUAGUUAUUCUGUGCCUCCAGCCUAAAGUGCACCAACACCAACCCCUCCUUCCUCCUGACUAAUUCGUCACUGGAGGUGGGAAAUAAAGAUUUUGUAAUUCUUUAAUAAGAAAAUAUUUAUUAAAUGAUUACUACUGAUUGUGAGGAAGAGCUCAAAAUUGUUGACAGACAUAUAGGCUGCACUUUAUUCACUAAGUACAAGUAAUGUUAGAGGUGUAUUUACUCCCUUUGAGGAAGUACUUUGAGCUUCUCAGCUGAGAGGUGCUUUAGAACUGUAAAUAUUGCUUGUCACUUACCCACUGUUCCCUGGCUUUGUGGUUCUGCUGCCUGCAGAUGAUCAUAACGCUUGCCUGUUCCGAGUGUAUUUCCCAGCACAGUAUAUAAGCAGUCAAACGCAUAGGAAAAAAAUUCAUGUGUGGACCAUAUUUCAGUGAUUUCGGGGGGGGCUGGCCUUCCGUGGGUAAGGCAUUUAGCAGCAUGUCAUUCUCCUUCACACUCUGCUUCCUCAAAUAUGUAGGGACAGAAAGUGGAGUUGGUUUCAUUUGACUCCAUCUGUUCUAAUGCAGUGGUCAAGGUAGCUCGCUUGUUGCAGUUGUGGGGAAAAAUGCACUUCUAAGGUGAGAGUCAUCUCUGGGGGAAGGUACAGCCAUAAAAUCAUUUGUCUGAUUGCCUUACGUGCCUAUUUCUGUUUGGCAGUAAGCUAAUUCUAAACAGUGCCAGGAUGUAACCAUCUGUGGUGCAGAUCUCUUGAAUUGGGCUAAACAAAUCCUUCACUGUUUGCCACUUUUUCUUUUCCCAGAGCACGGUUGCUCCAUCCUGCCCAUGGGUUGUUCCCUUGAGCAGAUCUAGGUACGCCCUUUAUCUCUCACCAUACGUUUCCAUAUGGAGGAAACCAUCCUACUUGGGGGGAGCUUCCCUGAAAGAGCUCCUCACUGAAGAGCCUUGAAAGAGCAGUUGGUCACACGCACCCCUUGCUAUCUGGAAGGCCUUCCUGCGUGGUCUGCUGGAGCAGUGCCAGCUCAGCAUGGGAGGAGAAGCAACUUUCCCAACCAGGCACGGUGGUGGUGGUGGAGUUUCUGGGUCAGCAGGUGUGGGAGCCAAUUUGGUCUGCAGGAAUUUUUACAAGCAAAACUGUACAAUCUAAAGUGGACUGCAUUUUGCAAGAAGUUGAGAAGUUUACAGACUUAGAGAAACUCUACCUCUACCUUCAGCUGCCUUCGGGUCCCAACAAUGGAGACAAAAGUGAUCAGAUCUCCAUGUCAUCCAGCCGUGCGCAGCAGAUGCAUGCCUUCUCUUGGAUACGGAAUACCUUGGAAGAGCACCCUGAGACAUCCCUUCCCAAACAGGAGGUUUAUGAUGAGUACAAGAGCUAUUGCGACAAUCUUGGCUACCACCCAUUAAGUGCUGCUGACUUUGGAAAGAUAAUGAAAAAUGUCUUUCCGAAUAUGAAGGCUCGUCGCCUGGGCACAAGAGGCAAAUCAAAAUAUUGCUACAGUGGACUGAGGAAGAAGGCUUUUGUGCAUAUGCCAACACUGCCCAACCUUGACUUUCAUAAAACUGGAGAUGGGUUGGAUGGGACAGAGUCAUCUGGACAGCUACAAAGCGCUGAUGAGGAGGUUGUGUCUGCGGCCUGCCGGCUUGUUUGUGAGUGGGCCCAGAAAGUGCUCAGCCAGCCUUUUGAUACAGUCUUGGAACUGGCUCGUUUCCUUGUCAAAAGUCACUACAUCGGUACCAAGUCAAUGGCAGCUUUAACUGUAAUGGCAGGGGCACCAGCAGGAAUAAAAGGGAUCCCCCAGCCCUCAGCUUUUAUACCUACCGCUGAAAGCAAUUCCUUUCAACCACAAGUGAAAACUCUGUCAUCUCCUGUUGAUGCCAAGCAGCAGCUGCAGCGUAAGAUCCAGAAGAAGCAGCAAGAACAGAAACUGCAGUCUCCUUUGCCAGGAGAGUCUCCAGCAAAGAAAACAGAAGGCACCGCAACCAAUGGUGUAACUAGUAUAUCUAAUGGAAGUCCUGCUAUUCUGUCUCCUCAGCCUAUUGGCAUUGUUGUGGCAGCUGUCCCCAGCCCAAUACCGGUGCCAAGGACCAGGCAGUUGGUGACAUCUCCAAGUCCUAUGGGAUCAUCUGACAACAAGGUCCUGCCACUCAAUGUUCAGGUGGUCACUCAGCACAUGCAAUCAGUCAAGCAGUCACCAAAGACUCCCCAGAAUGUUCCUGCCAGCCCAGUUGGUGACCGCUCUGCCCGACAUCGCUACCCGCAGAUCCUACCGAAGCCAGCAAAUACCAGUGCUCUCACCAUCCGCUCUCCCACAACGGUGCUUUUUACCAGUAGCCCAAUCAAGACUGUUGUGCCAGCUCCACACGUGAAUUCCUUAAACGUGGUAAAAAUGACAGCAAUAUCUCUUGCCCCAAGCAGCAGCAGCGUGCCCGUCAAACAGACACCUUCAGUUAAUAGUAGUGCGGGAGCAGUGGAAGAAGGGAGGACUACUCCACAGAUCAAAAAUGGUUCUGUUGUUUCACUUCAGUCUCCAGGAUCCAAGCCUAGCACUGCUGUAGCUGCAUCUGCAGUUGAGAUCAAAAUGGAACCAGAAGGACUGCUGGAUGAGAACCCAGUACAGGGCCAGGAGAGCUCUGACACAUCUAAAUCCAUAAAGGCGACCCCUGACCUGCCUCCUGCUCAACAGAUUAAUUUUGAAGUUGCAACCAUGAAGGUUUCAGCUGAUGGUGUCGUGGAGGCAAAACCAGUUAAGGGCUGUGAUCAGGGAGCUGAAGAAGCAGGGACCAAAUACAAGAUGCAGUCCAAUGAGAUCACACCGGUUUCUUCAGCAGGCAAUAAUCAAAGCACUCUAAAGCUCUCUGUUGCCAGUCACAACUUGUCCAGCACCAGCAUUGAUUCACCUCCUACUGGUGAGUCUUCAAUUAAAGACAAAAUAUGCACUAAAAGUCCAAGGAAACGACAACCCUCUACGCUUCAGGAUUCCCAGAUACCACCUGUCAAGAAACCACUGGUGGGGCAGCUUUCAGCUGGUAACGCUGAGGAGAGUCAAAAAACAAACAGUGUUACGAAGGUUCCAAAGGUUGUAUCAUUAGCUAACAGUGACAAUACCACACUUGUUCAAGUUCCCAGCAAGGUACCUGUAAAUGUACCUGUACCUUCUGCAGCUCCAGCAGACUUAGUGACAGACUGUUCUUUGAGCGCUGAUUUAAAUACCAGUGAUUCUACUUUAGAACAGCAGCUUGCAUCAGCAUCAUCUCCAGAUAUAAAAGUGAAAUUGGAAGGAAACAUGUUUAUUAUAGAAAGCGAUUCAAAAUCUGACGGCAGCUUUAACCCAAAUGCGUGGCACCAUAUCACCAAAACUUCUGAUUUUGCGUCUGUGAAUUGUGAACAGCAGCAAGAUAUCAGUGUUAUGACUAUUGCAGGACACUCAGGCUCUGGUGACUUACAGGAGUCUGCAUGGGAGCCAGCGCACUGUGAGGGUAUACAGCAGGAUGUGUACAACCAGCAGUUACAGAGCCAGAUCCAAGACUCCUCCUUGGGUCAAAUACAAGCACAGUCUUCAAAUCAGUUACCUCUGCAGUCCGAGCUGAAAGAAUUUGAACAUACAGUCCCUCAGUCGAAUGAAAACUUCUUUUCAUUUGAUGAUGACCUAACCCAGGACAGCAUUGUGGAGGAGCUGGUGCUCAUGGAGGAGCAAAUGUCAAUGAAUAAUUCUCAUGCUUACGGUGGCUGUCUAGGAAUGGCACUUCAGAGUCAGACAGCAGCUCAAGGAGCUCCUGUGUCAUCCCACCCAAGCAGCACACAUUUUUACCAUUCGAUCCAUAACAACAGCACUCCAAUUCACACUCCUACUCCCACCCCUACCCCGACUCCCACCCCUACCCCAACUCCAACACCCACCUCUGAAAUGAUUGCUGGAUCUCAGAACGUGUCACGCGAGAGCCCCUGUUCCAGGCUGGCUCAGACGACUCCUGUGGACAGUGCUCUAGGAAGCAGCCGGCACACACCCAUUGGCACACCACAUUCAAACUGCAGCAGCAGUGUUCCUCCAAGUCCUGUGGAAUGCCGAAACCCGUUUGCAUUUACUCCCAUAAGCUCCAGUAUGGCUUACCACGAUGCCAGCAUUGUUUCUAGCAGCCCCGUGAAGCCAAUGCAGCGGCCUAUGGCUACCCACCCUGACAAAACCAAACUCGAGUGGAUGAAUAACGGGUACAGCAGUGUUAGCAAUUCAUCGGUUGCAAACCAUGGCAUCCUUACAAGCUACCAGGAGCUAGUGGAAGAUCGCUUCAGGAAACCUCAUGCUUUUGCAGUUCCUGGCCAGUCGUACCAAUCUCAACCACGCCACCACGAUACUCACUUUGGUCGCGUGACUCCUGUUUCACCUGUGCAGCACCAGGCAGCCCCUGUAAGUAGCACCACCAAGCAGGAGGGCUUUGCAGUUCCUGCUCCUCUGGACAACAAAGGAGCCAGUUCUUCUCUCAAUAACAGUCUGAGAUGCCGGAGCGUGAGCCCUGCUGUCCAUCGUCAGCGUAAUCUCAGUGGGAGCACCGUUUACCCUGUUUCCAAUAUACCACGCUCCAACCUGGCACCUUUUGGAAGUCCAGUGACUCCUGAAGUUCACAACGUAUUUACUAAUAUCCACGCAGACACUAGUGCCAAUAAUAUAGCGCAGAGAAGCCAGUCGGUCCCAUUGACUGUGAUGAUGCAGACGGCCUUCCCAUCUCUUCAGAAACAAACAAAUGCUAAGAAAAUAACCAACGUGUUGUUAAACAAACUUGAUUCUGAUAGUGAUGAUGCAGUGAGAGGUUUGGGAAUGAACAACAUGCCCUCAAAUUACACGGCCAGGAUGAAUCUCACUCAGAUUUUAGAGACGUCCACUGCUUUUCCUAGUGCCAACCCACAGAACAUGAUCAAUUCCAGCACUUCAAUUUACGAAUUCCAAACACCAAAUUACCUCACUAAAAGCACCGAUCAGAUCAGUUUUUCUUCUGGAGAUAACCAAGCACAAUCAGACAUCGGAGAGCAGCAAUUAGAUUUUAGCAGCACUGUAAAAGACCUUUUAGGGGAGGACAGUCUGCCAACAAACCAGCAGCUGGUGAAUCAGGUGGCAUCAGAUCUCAGCGUUACAUCUGUCUUUCCCAGCGACAUCAGGUUGUCUUCCGAACUCUCAGGCAGCAUUAACGAUCUGAACACUUUAGACACAAAUCUACUGUUUGAUCCAGGUCGUCAGCAGGGACAAGACGAUGAUGCUACACUGGAGGAAUUAAAAAAUGACCCCUUGUUUCAACAAAUCUGCAAUGAAUCCAUGAACUCAAUUAAUACAUCAGGUUUUGAGUGGAUGGAGAGCAAGGAUCAUCCUACUGUUGAAAUGUUGGGUUAAUAUUGUUUUAUAGUAUGUAUGUAGCACACUGUAUGUAAAAGACAGACGUAUUGUAUUUGUCUUAAUGGAAGUGCCUCCUGCAGCAGAAACACUUGCUAUGUAUUGUGGCAUUUAAAAAAAAAAAGUUUGCUGUACCAGUUGCUCAUUCUUCACCAGAGAAAGGGCGGUCUUAGCAAUUUCAAAACAAAUCUCUGAAGGUGAUUGGGCUAUCAAACAGCCAGUAUUACUUCUUCAAUUCGAUAGUGUUUCCCAUUCAGAAUUUCUUGUUGUAGUAAAUAAGUGGUUAAUAGCUAGCAACAGCAGCUCUGGUUGAGGCAGCGGGAGGGUUUUAAGUUGAGCUCAUAGGUAGGCUUUCCAUACUUCGUAUUGCUCGUUACUUCUAGUACGUGGUUCAUACUGACCUCUGUCGUUCAGGUCUGAAAUGCAGGGUGCCUGCAGGUAUGUAGGGGAUGGGCAGUGGAUACAAGUGAAGCAGGGGGCACGCAGGUGCCUGAUCACUGUGUAGUUAUCUUGAGUACUGCCUGGUGGUGAACUGGUGCCAAUUACAUCUCUAGUAAAACGCAAAGAUAGAAGAAAUAACAGGAAACGGGAAUGAUCAAGGAAAGAGAAAGAUGCACUAAUUUUUUAUUUAAGAGAAAGAGAUCUAUGUAGUUAUUUUGUCCAUUGAUGUUUCUGACCUUGUACUUGAUAUUUUAGUUCUCACUUCAGUGCUUUUAUAUCAGGUAAAAUUCGUGAGAAAAGAUUUUAGCACUGAGGUUUAAUCUAGGCGUAACACCUUAUUUUAAAAGGAUAGGUACUAUUUAAUUAUUUAUCGAAGCUAAAGAAGUGAUGUGGUAUCUUCCCUCUCUUUUUUAAGUAAGAGCUGCUAGAGCUCAUUAAAAUACUAUUUUUAAAGAUUCGUUUUUAAGUUUGCUCUUUUCUAACAUAGUGGGAGUGUAGGAAGAUGUUCUUUCCUCUAUAUUUCAGUAGGUUGAGCCUGUCUUGCUCUCUUUUAAAUAAAAGAUGAUUAAAAUAUUAUAAAAUGUGGUGGAUCUAAAAAUAUUUUGUAUAGAGCCAUAAUACUGCCAGGCACUUUAUAGAUGGGAUCUCAUUUUGGAUAAAAUUUAUUUUAAAAGUGCUUACUGGCUUUAGAAGCCUGAAUUCAAUUUUCACUGGAUGACUUGAGAGGACUGAUGAAGCUGACUUUUGUUAUACGUCCUUAGCUACCGCUCUUGGAAAAUAGAAUUUAAGCUUCUAACUCACCAGUUCACUUAUACCAAAAAAAGGCCUUUUGCUUUAUCAGCGUGGCACGAGUCUCUCUGAUGAUGAAGAGAGAGGUGCUUGGCCCUCAUGCUAGAAAGAGGAGACUUGCAGAGGCAAGCUGUUAAGAAAUAAUUGUUCUGAGAAUGCUACAGUACCAUCCCUUAAGCUUAGUAUAAAAUUGGUUAUUUCUCUUGUGAACUGACAAACUGAAAGCAGAGCAGAAGACAUUUUCCUCUCUUGCAUUCCUCCUUUGAGUAAGAGGUGAUGAAGGCACAAUAAGCCUCUCUAGAUUUAAGGAAUAGAUGCUCAGAUUAUUAUUUGUUGUUAAUUUUUGUUUUUUAAGGUGACUUAGUGGUCAUUUGUUUCUUCAGUUUUUGCUAAGGACUUGAUCUCAGUACUGAGUAAUUUUUUUGGCGGUGCUGAUCUGAAUUGUGCUGCUGUAUUGUCACUUCAGGUGCUGAUGUAUCAUGCCUUCUCUUGCUCUUGCCCUGAUUGACCACCAGUCUGUGGCUGCUUCUUCAGGGACAAAACCGUUGUGACAAACUGUAGCACCUUACGGGGAGCGUGAUUUCACUGUGCUUGCAUCAGUUUUGCUGCUUCGUUAGGAACAGACUUGGAGAGUUCGGAUUGCUCCUUGAAACAUAGGGAUAUGCAGGGUGUGGUUUAUUUUAAGACCAACUCACCCUUUUUAGUUAGUUAAGGAGGAGGUCGGGAGUCUAAAAACUGCACAGUAGGGUUCUUUUAGGUGUCUGCAGUAAGGCUGGAACCAUUUUUCCUUUAGACACGAGUUGCCAGUGGCAGGGUUUGAGUGGCAUACCUGUCCGUGGCCUUUAGCCAGAGAUAUGGCUCACCAUCCUCUUACCUUGUUGACUUGGCUGGGUCUGAGACACACUCAGCGCUUCUUUUUUCUGACCCUGUGUGAAGUGCCAGUGAAUAUGUGAACCCUGCUUUUCAGUGGAGAAUGGGGGGCAGAACUGGAGCUCCAUCCGUGCUGUGGCAGUCUCCACAUCUGCACGGUGUGCUGGCCUGGUCCCCGUGUUGCUGAGACUGACGUGAGCUUGGUGUAAACAAGUUCUCACCUAACUCCACUAGUUUUUCAGAACAUUUCUCACUAAAACAAGAGUAGAUUUGAAGCGGAUGCUCUCUAAAUUAUGCAGCAGUCACCAAAGGUUUUUAAAGUACCUUUUACAUUGUUUUUAAUUACAGGCAUUACUUUGAACCUUACAAGUGAUUUAACUAGCAGGAAUAUUCUGUGAUCAGCGGAUUUAAAGCAAAUGUAUGUAAAAUGGAAGAAGUGUUCUAUUCAGUAGGGGUUCUUUCAAGUGAAAUCCAAGGCAUAGACACAGCUUUGUACAUUGGUAUGUGUCCUUUUAGCAGUGUUUGUGUGCUGGUGUUACAACUAAUGUUCUAUGAGGUCCCCGUAUUUAGUGCUAGUUAGUUCUUUACAUUGAGACAGAGCACUACUGCACACCAAAGUAUGCAAUACCCAAAGGAAGAUUCCAUGAUUUUAGCAAAUGGAAGCCUGUCUGUCAGAUACUCCAGAACAAAGAAGAUGAGACAGUUCUGACCCCUUGUUUACAUAAUUGGCUUCCAACUAAGGUGAUAAUUUUGAUAGCAGCUUUUGCUAAAAUAAACAAACUAGUGAACUUGUACACUGUGUACAGUAUUGCAGCAAACACUUUAAAAUUGGUUGGUUAGUCCAGCAAACUAUCUGGGUUCAUGUAUUGCACUAAUAUUCUGUUGAACCUGUGGCAGGCACAUUCCUUAGGAUAAAUGCAACAAAUACGGCCAACAGAUUUAAAUAAAAUAAUAAAAACAAACAAAAAAAACCCCACAAAAAAUAAAACAGAAAAAAAUCUAAUGUGUUUCAUUAUUAAAAGGCAAAAUGUCAUUAAAAGUGACAGGUGAAAUUGUCUUAUGUAGCAAUGUGCAUUGAUCUCAAUGAGAUAUUUCUAUUUCUUAUUCUCUUAAAUGAGAAUAUUACAGCAGGAAAAAAUCAAGUUUAGUUUGCUUCACCAUGUUAAUACAUGAUCACAAAAUGUGCAUGAGUGUUAAUGACUUAAUCUUGUACAGUACUAGAUAUAUUCCUGUAACCACUUUUUUUAUUCUUUGCUGUAUUGAAGCUGGUUCGGUGUUAACCAGGUGAGCAUAGUUAUUCACAAGUUACUUACUUUUUUAUGUUAACUAAUUCAGCUUAGUUAUUGUUGAAUAUGUUCCUUUUUUGGAUUCUUUUUUAUUGUUCGGGUGUUGAAAGAUAUUUUUGCAUCAUUUUAUCAUGAUAAGAAUUCAUGAAGUAAAUAAUUUGCAAAUAAUUGCAAUAAGCACUGACUUCUGAACUGAAAAGAAGGAAAGCGUUUCUUGUGCAGUGCAUCCAAGGUUCAUGUAAUAAUCUUGUACUAUACCGUGCUUUAUUAACUGCACCCUAAGGAAAAAAAUAAAUCCCUGUACUACAUUUUCAUUUAAUGCAGGAAAUCCAGUUUUCCCUCUCUCCCGCAGUGUUUUGUUGUCUGUUGUACUGCUGAAACGACAGUAGUUGAAUAUUGCAGUAGCAUUUCAGUUAUUUUUUUUAUUGAAAGUGCUCAAAAAUUGUUUUUUAAAUGUUUUCAAAAACAAUAAAAACAUUUUAUAUUAAAAUGA